CGGUGGAAAUGACUAUUGUGUCAGUAACUCCGCCCUCUCCCCUCUCUACAAGGGUUUCGAUUUCAAUCGAAUUCUACACACAAUAAACCAUAUAUAUAAGUAGAUACACUUUUGUCUCUCUAAUUUCCCUCUUUGUACAGUCCAAACCCUUUCGAUGUGCUUGCAUCCAACGCCCCCCCUUUAUCUCCACCAGUAAACAAGAGUUGCGGAGGUUAAAAUGGCUAGUGUAAGAUCAAGCUUGCCAUCCAGGCUACGCCAACUGCUCUCUAGUGAAGGAGCUAUCGGUCCCUCUGUUAAACUCGACUCUGAGCCUCCUCCGAGAAUAAAGGCAUUUAUUGACAAGGUGAUUCAAUGUCCAUUACAAGACAUAGCAAUACCUCUAUCUGGUUUUCGUUGGGAGUUUGGCAAGGGGAACUUCCAUCACUGGAGACCAUUAUUUAUGCAUUUUGACACAUAUUUCAAGACACAUUUAUCCAACAGAAACGAUCUUCUCCUGUCCGAUAAUCUUUUAGGUGAUGUUUGCCCAUUCCCAAAACAACCAGUUCUGCAAAUUCUGCGAGUGAUGCAAUUCAUUCUAGAAAAUUGCCACAAUAAGGGUUCUUUUAGUGGCUUAGAGCAUUUCAGGCUCUUGCUUGCAUCAACAGAUCCUGAAAUUGUUGUUGCAGCUUUGGAGACACUAUCUGCCCUAGUGAAGAUAAUUCCGUCCAAGCUACAUGCAAAUGGAAAGCUGGUUGGCUGUGGGUCUGUGAACAGCCAUCUCCUUUCUCUUGCACAGGGAUGGGGUACAAAAGAAGAAGGCCUGGGUUUGUAUUCAUGUGUCACCCUACAUGAGAGGACCCCAGAGGAAGGUCUAAAUCUCUUUCCGGUUGGUGUGCAAAGUGAUCAGGACAAGUUACAGUAUCGCAUUGGGUCAGCACUUUACUUUGAACUGCAUGGUGCCAAUUCUCACAGCAUUUCAGAACCUAAUGAUGACACACUUUCUUCUGGGAUGAGUGUGAUUAAUCUCCCCGAUCUUCACUUACGGAAAGAGGAUGACCUGUCACUAAUGAAGUUGUGCAUUGAUCAGUAUAAUGUACCUGCAGAGCAUAGGUUCUCAUUGUUGACCAGAAUCAGAUAUGCACAUGCCCUCCGUUCUCCCAGAAUAUGCAGGAUUUACAGCAAGAUUUGUCUUCUCUCUUUCAUUGUGCUUGUACAGUCUGGUGAUUCACAUGAUGAACUUGUUUCUUUUUUUGCAAAUGAGCCAGAAUAUUCAAAUGAAUUAAUCAGAAUUGUGAGGUCUGAAGAAAUCAUUUCUGGAAGCAUAAGAACAUUUGCAAUGACAGCUCUGGGAGCAUUGUUAGCUGCAUAUUCGGCAUCUCAUGAACGUGCACGUAUAUUAAGUGGAUCAAGCAUCAGUUUUGCCGGUGGUAAUCGCACGAUCCUCUUAAAUGUACUGCAAAGAGCAAUCCUGUCAUUGAAAAACUCCAGUGAUCUGUCAUCUCUUGCCUUUGUUGAAGCACUUCUACAGUUUUACAUGCUACAUGUAAUGUCUUCUUCAAGUACUGGAAGCAUCAUUCGGGGGUCGGGGAUGGUGCCGACCUUUUUACCGCUUUUGGAAGAUUCAGAUCUUAAACACGUGCAUCUUGUGUAUUUAGCUGUGAAGACUCUGCAGAAGCUCAUGGAUUACAGCAAUACAGCAGUAACGCUUUUCAAAGAUUUGGGUGGAGUAGAGCUUUUGGUUUACAGAUUGCAGAUUGAAGUGCAAAGAGUGAUUGACUUGGCUGAGGCAGAGAACAAUACUAUGACAAUUGGUGAAUGUAAUAAAUACAGUGAUGAUCAGUUCUAUGCUCAGAAGAGACUCAUCAGGGCGCUGUUGAAGGCACUUGGUUCUGCGACAUAUGCUGCAGCAAAUUCUAGUAGAUCACAGAAUUCUUAUGACGUUUCUUUGACUCCCACUUUGUUAAUGAUUUUCAGUAACAUGGAAAAGUUUGGAGGUGAGAUUUAUUCCUCAGCUGUAACUCUUAUGAGUGAAAUGAUUCACAAAGACCCAACCUGUUUUAAUGUCUUGCAUGAAUUGGGUCUUCCUGCUGCAUUUUUAUCAUCAGUGUCGGCUGGUAUACUUCCAUCUUCAAAAGCCAUUACAUGCAUUCUCAAUGGCCUCGGUGCAAUUUGCCUCAAUGCUAAGGGCUUAGAGGCAGUGAGAGAAACUUCGGCUUUACGCUUCCUCAUAGAUAUAUUCACCGACAAAAGGUAUGUGAUGGCAAUGAAUGAGGGUAUUGUUCCUUUGGCGAAUGCUCUGGAAGAGCUAUUACGGCACGUAUCUGCAUUGAGAGGUAGUGGUGUUGAUCUUAUCAUUGAAAUUGUUAAUAAGAUUGCAUUGCUUGGAGAGAGUACUUGUUCUGGGUCAGCAGCGAAAGAGAAUGAAAACAACACAAUGGUAAUGGAUUCCAUGGAUUCUGAGGACAGAAAAAAUUUAGGCACUUGCUCCCGCUCCCCUGAUGAGAAAAAUUUGUUGGUUGAAGGCAUCAGUGAUGAGCAGUUUAUGCAGCUGUGUAUCUUUCAUGUGAUGGUGCUUGUUCACAGGACAAUAGUAAAUUCUGAAACAUGUCGGUUAUUUGUGGAGAAGUCGGGUAUUGAAGCUUUAUUCAAACUUCUGUUACGCCCAAGUAUUACUCAAUCAACUGAUGGAAUGUCCAUAGCAUUGCAUAGCACCUUGGUAUUUAAGAGUUUUACUCAGCAUCAUUCCGUUCCUUUGGCUCGUGCCUUCUGUUCUACACUCAGAGAUCAUCUGAAGAGAACAUUGACAGCGUUCAGUGCGGUCUCUGCUUCCUUUCUUCUGGAACCUAAGACCACUCCAGACAGCACUGUAUUUUCAUCCCUCUCUCUUGUUGAAUUCCUAUUAUUUUUAGCUGCCUCAAAGGAUAAUCGCUGGGUAACUGCAUUGCUCACAGAAUUUGGUAAUGGCAGUAAGGAUGUUCUGGAAGAUAUGGGUUUUAUUCAGCGUGAAGUUCUAUGGCAAAUUGCUCAACUCGAAGAUGCUAAGGUUGAUACAGAGGUAGACUUUACUGGUACUGGUGAGAAUUCACCAUCGCCAGAACUGUCUCCAAAUGAUACUGAAGAGCACAGGUUGAAUACCGUCAGGCGGUUUCUUGAUCCUUCACUUAGAAGGCGGACUUCUGGAUGGAGCUUUGAAUCCCAGUUUUUCGAUCUUAUAAAUCUUUAUCGUGAUCUCUCUCAACAACGACAGAAUAUAGAUGGACCUUCAAGUUCGUGGCUGGGAGCCAGUCACGAAUCACCUCUGUCCACUUCAUCUGAUGGAACUGAAAUGUGUGCCAGAAAGGAUAACGACAAGCAGAAAUCUUACUAUCACUCGUGUUGUGAUAUGGUAAGAUCAUUAUCCAUUCACAUAACCCAUUUAUUUCAAGAGUUGGGAAAGGUGAUGCUACUUCCGUCUCGUCGUCGGGAUGAUAUGCUAAAUGUGUCUGCUCCUUCAAAAUCAGUGGCUUCUACCUUUGCUUCGAUAGCUUUAGACCACAUGAAUUUUGGGGGUCAUGCCAACCCUUCUGGAUCAGAGAUAUCUGUUUCAACCAAGUGUCGCUACUUCGGCAAGGUUAUUAAUUUCAUUGAUGGCAUGCUUCUGGACAAACCUGAUUCAUGUAAUCCUGUUCUACUAAAUUUCUUGUAUGGACAAGGGGUAAUACAAUCAGUCUUGACAACAUUUGAAGCUACAAGCCAGUUACUUUUUGCCGUCAACAGAACUCCUGCAUCUCCCAUGGAGACUGAUGAGGGGAGGCAAGAUCAAAUAGAUGAAACAGAUAGCUUAUGGAUAUAUGGACCCUUGGCUAGCUAUGGUAAACUUAUGGACCACUUGGUGACUUCAUCUUUUAUAUUAUCUCCCUUUACAAAGCAUUUGCUCACCCAGCCUCUAGUUAGUGGGGGUGCACCAUUUCCUCGGGAUGCAGAAACGUUUGUGAAGAUUCUUCACUCCAUGGUGCUGAAGGCUCUGCUUCCUGUUUGGACCCACCCACAAUUCCCAGAAUGCAGUUAUGAGUUUAUUGCCAGAGUUGUUAACAUCGUGAGGCACAUCUUCUCUGGUGUAGAAGUGAAAAAUGUUAAUAAUAAUGCUGGCCGGGUGGCUGGGCCACCACCGAAUGAGUCAACAAUUUCAAUGAUUGUAGAGAUGGGGUUUUCCAGGUCUCGAGCUGAAGAGGCCCUGAGGCAGGUUGGUUCAGAUAGUGUAGAGCUUGCAAUGGAAUGGUUGUUUUCACAUCCUGAGGAAAUCCCUGAAGAUGAUGAACUUGCACGUGCACUAGCAAUGUCCCUUGGGAACGCUGGAUCAAACUUAAAGGAAGAUGCUGCAAGUGAAAACAGUCAGACCAUUGAAGAGGAACUGGUGCAACUCCCUCCAGUUGAUGAGCUAUUGGCUACUUGUAGGAAACUUCUUCAAAUGAAAGACUCCUUGGCAUUCCCUGUUAGAGAUCUUCUGAUGAUGAUUUGCUCACAAAAUGAAGGUCAGCAAAGACCAAGAGUCAUUUCAUUUAUCAUUGAACAAGUGAAGCUUUGUGGUGGCAUAUCCGACAGCGGAAACAGGAACAUGCUUUCUUCUUCAUUUCAUGUUCUUGCCCUAAUUCUUAAUGAAGAUUCAGCUGCACGAGAAUUAGCUUCCAAGAGUGGUUUGGUCAAAGUUGCAUCUGAUCUGCUCUCACUGUGGAAUUCUAGUUCACAUGAUGGAGAAACAUCUCAAGUUCCGAAAUGGGUGACUUCAGCUCUUAUUGCCCUUGAUCGGCUUUCAGAAGUGGAUAUAAAGUUAAAUGCUGAUAUAUUAGAACUGUUGAAGAAGAAUGAUGUUGGCAGCCAACCAUCUCUUGUCAUUGACGAUGACAAGCAGAACAAAUUGCGGACAACUUUGGGGAUAUUGCCAAAGCAUUUGGAUAUACAGGAGCAAAAUCGGCUUGUUGAAAUAAUUUGUGGUUGCAUGAGGAAACAACUACCUUCAGAAACAAUGCAUGCUGCAUUGCAGCUCUGUUCUACUCUUACGAGAAAUCACUCGGUUGCUGUUAGUUUUCUGGAAGCCGGGGGAUUACGCUUACUUCUUUCCUUGCCAACAACUUGCUUGUUUGUUGGCUUUGACAAUGUUGCUGCUAUCAUAAUACGACACAUCCUCGAAGAUUCCCAAACCCUGCAGCAAGCUAUGGAGUCUGAGAUACGGCAUAGUGUUGCCACUGCUAAUAACAGACAGUCCACUGGAAGGCUAACACCCCGCAAUUUUCUGUCUAAUUUAAUUUCAGUCAUUCAACGGGAUCCAGUGAUUUUUAUGCAAGCUGCUAAGUCCGUGUGCCAUGUUGAAAUGGUGGGUGAUAGGCCGUAUAUUGUCUUGCUGAAAGACCGUGACAAGGAUAAAUGUAAAGAGAGAGGGAGGGAGAAAGAGAAAAAUGAGGAGAAAGAUAAACAGCAAAUUAAUGAUGGGAAGAGUGGUGUUGGCAGUGGGCAUGGAAAGCACCCUGAUACAAAUUUUAAGAAUUUCAAGAUCCAUCGUAAACCUCCUCAGAGUUUUGUAAGUGUGAUUGAUCUUUUGUUGGAUUCAGUAAUAUCUUUUCUACCUCCUUUGAAGGAUCAAUCUGUGAUCAAAAUUAGCUCAUCAACCGAUAUGGAUAUUGAUGUUUCUACAAGCAAGGGAAAAGGAAAAGGUAUUGUGCCUGCAUCUGAAGAGAAUGAAGCCAACAGUCAAGAUUCUUAUGCAUCCAUGGCUAAGAUUGUAUUUAUAUUGAAGCUCCUGACGGAUAUUCUUUUGAUGUAUGCAUCAUCUAUUCAUAUUUUAAUCCGGAAGGAUGCUGAAGUUUGCAGUUACCGUGGUAUUCCUCAACGGGGUGCCGCAGAUUGCAGCAGUGGUGGAAUUUUUCAACACGUUCUUUAUAAAUUCUUACCAUAUUCUGAAAAUUCUAAGGAGGAGAGAAAAAUGGAUGUGGACUGGCGGCAUAAACUGGCCAGCAGAGCCAACCAGUUCCUGGUAGCAUCAUGUGUUCGCUCCAGUGAGGCAAGGAAAAGAAUCUUCACAGAGAUCAACAAUGCUUUCAAUGAUUUUGUUGAUUCUUCUAGUGGUUUUAGGGCACCAGGAGUUGAUAUUCAGGCUCUUGCUUGCCUGCUUAAUGAUGUACUAGCUGCUCGAUCGCCGACAGGUUCAUCCAUAUCUGCAGAGGCUUCUGUUACUUUUAUAGAGGCUGGUCUGGUUCAAUCAUUUACUAGAACACUUCGUGUGAUAGACCUGGAUCAUGCCGAUUCGCCCAAGGUUGUGACAGGGCUUCUUAAAGUUCUGGAGUCUGUGACCAAGGAACAUAUCCAUGCGUUCGAGUUGAACACUGGAAGAGGGGAGCGUUUGACAAAACCUACUGAUAACAGUCAGCCUAGGGAAGAUAAUGCUGGUGGUAGCAUGUCGCAAUCCAUGGAAACUACAAACCAAGCUAAUGAAAAUUCAGGGCCAAAUAACAGCAGAGAAUCUUCUAGCGCAAACCAGAUUUAUGGUGGGUCUGAGGCUGUCACAGAUGAUAUGGAGCACGACCAGGAUAUUGAUGGCAGCUUUGCGGCUGCUGAAGAUGAUUACAUGCAUGAAAAUUCCGAGAACAUCAGAAAUCUUGAAAAUAGCCUUGAUACUGUAGGCAUAAGAUUUGAAAUUCGACCUAAUGUAGAAGUGGAUCUUGAUGAUGAGGAUGACGAUGAGAUGUCAGGGGAUGAAGGGGAUCAAGUUGAUGAAGAUGAAGAUGGUGAUGAUGAACAACACAAUGACCUCGAAGAUGAUGAACCACAUCAUCUGCCACAUGUUGAUACAGAUCAUGAUGACCAUGAAAAUGAUGAAGACGAGUUUGAUGAGGAGAUAAUGGAGGAAGAGGAUGAUGACGAUGAGGAUGACGAGGAUGCUGUUAUACUCAGGCUGGGGGAGGAAAUGAAUGGGAUAAAUGUGUUUGACCAUAUAGAGCUUUUUGGCAGAGAUAGCUUUAGCAGUGAAACUCUCCACGUAAUGCCCGUUGAAAUUUUUGGAUCCAGACGCCAGGGUCGUAGUACAUCCAUCUAUAAUCUCAUGGGCAGAAAUGUUGAUAGCUCUGCACCUUCCCAGCAUCCGCUUUUGGUGGAACCGCCAUCCUCAGUUGAUGCAGAUCCUCCAAGACACACAGAGAAUGUCCGCAAUGCUAACUUGGACAGGAACUUGGAAGGUCCCUCAUCUCAGUUAAAUUCAUUUUUUCGGACACUGCGAAAUGGACGUCAAGGACACCGAUUUAAUUUGUGGACCAAUGAAAACCAGCUAAGUGGUGGAUCAAAUUUGUCUGCCAUUCCCCCAGGUCUUGAGGAUUUUCUUGUAUCCAGCAUGACACGCCCAAUCCCUGAGAAAUCUUCCAAUGAUGACACAACAAUUGACUCACAAAACAAAGGUGAAGUUGGUGAGUCCCCUGAUUCAGCCGUAAUGAUGUCUGAAACACCAGUUGAGAACCAUGGCAAUGUUGAUAGUGGUUAUCCACCUGUUCCCUCUGCAGAAAUAUUGGACAACUCUAGGAGUGACAAUACCACGGCCGUUGCAAAUGAAUCUGUCCAUGGUGCAGAAACAUCAAGCCAACAACCUCAAUCUGUUGAAAUGCAGUAUGACCAUAGUGACGUUGUGCGGGAUGUUGAAGCAGUGAGCCAAGAGAGUAGCGGAAGUGGGGCGACUUUAGGGGAGAGCCUACGAAGUCUUGAUGUUGAAAUUGGAAGUGCUGAUGGUCAUGAUGACAGUGUAGAAAGACAAGGUGGUGGUGAUACUCGAAUGAGGAGACCAAGUGUAUCAUUUGGAAAUAAUACUCCAAUGGGCGGGAGAGAUGCAUCACUUCGUAGUGUCACUGAAGUUUCUGAAGAUCCGAUCCAAGAAGCAGAACAAGGUGGUGCAUCUGAGGAGCAACAUCGUAAUGAUGAUGCUGAUUCUAGAUCAAUUGAUCCUGCAUUUCUAGAUGCACUUCCUGUGGAGUUGCGGGCUGAAGUUCUUUCUGCUCAGCAGAAUCAAGCACUGCAGCCUCAAAAUACUGAGCCACAAAACACUGGUGAUAUUGAUCCAGAAUUUCUUGCGGCACUUCCCCCUGAUAUCCGGGAAGAAGUUCUGACGCAACAACGGGCACAAAGACUGCACCAGUCACAAGAAUUAGAGGGUCAACCUGUUGAGAUGGACACAGUCUCAAUAAUUGCUACUUUUCCUUCCGACAUUCGAGAAGAGGUUCUUUUAACUUCAUCUGAUGCUAUUCUUGCAAAUCUGACGCCUGCUCUUGUUGCGGAAGCAAACAUGUUACGCGAAAGGUUUGCACGCAGAUAUAACCAAACACUCUUUGGUAUGCAUCCUAGAAACCGCAGGGGUGAAUCUUCUAGACGAGGUGAUGGUUCGGAUAGAGCAGGGGGACUCCUUGCUCGUCGAUCAAUGGGGAGUAAGCUGGUUGAGGCGGAUGGGUCACCUUUAGUUGACACAGAAGGUUUGAAAUCAUUGAUUAGGUUGCUUCGUGUAGUUCAGCCACUUUAUAAAAGCGAACAGAGACUUCUCUUGAAUCUAUGUGCUCAUGUUGAAACCAGAACUGAUUUGGUCAAAAUCCUGAUGGACUUAUUGUUGAUUGAUAAAAGAAAAUCAUCGAAUUAUCUGAAUGCUGCGGAGGCCCCUUAUAGAUUGUAUGCUUGCCAGAGUCAUGUCAUGUAUUCUCGUCCUCAGAAUGUUGAAGGUGUUCCACCUUUGGUCUCUCGCCGUGUUCUGGAGACUCUCACGUAUUUGGCUCGUAAUCAUCCUUUGGUUGCGAAGUUAUUGCUUGAGCUUCAAUUGCCACAACCAUCUCUUAUGGAGUCACCAAGCUCUGGUCGAGGCAAAGCAGUUAUGGUGGUUGAUGAGGAACACCAAGAUGGACAUGCAUCACUCGCAUUGCUUUUAAGCCUCUUGAGUCAAUCACUUUAUUUAAGAAGUAUAGCCCAUUUGGAACAGCUGCUAAAUUUAUUAGACGUCAUCAUUGGCAGUGUUGAAAGCAAAUUAAAUUCGUCUGAUGACCCAGGGGCAUCUUCAACAGAACACAUUUCAGGUCCUCCGACCUCCACACCAGAUGCUGUGGCUAAUACUGGCACUGGAUCUACUUUGGCAGAGGGUGAUGUUACUAAUAAAGCCUUGGUAUCUGGUGCAGAUAGAGGGCAUGAUACUCUCAGUGUUCUGCUUAAUCUGCCGCUAACAGAACUUCGACUUCUGUGCUCACUUCUUUCACAUGAAAGUCUAUCAGAUAAUGCUUAUACUCUUGUGGCGGAGGUACUACGAAAACUGGUGUCUAUUGCACCUGUUCAUUGCCAUCUAUUCAUCACUGAGCUUGCUGGUUCACUUCAAAGCCUCACCAAGUGUGCGACUGAAGAGUUGCAAGUUUUUGGGGAAGUAGAGAAAGCACUCCUAACUAGUACUACUUCUCAUGGACCUCCAGUGUUCAGGGUGUUGCAAGCCUUGAGCUCUCUUGUGGUUUUGCUCAGUGACAAGGACAAAAAUAAAAAGAUUCUCCCUGAGGAGGAGCAAGCUGCUGCCAUCUCUGUGGUGGGGGACAUUAAUGUGACUCUAGAACCAUUGUGGCAAGAGCUGAGCAACUGCAUAAGCAAAAUUGAGAGCCAUUCAGAUACAUUUUCUGAGCAGUCACCUUCAACAUCUGUUACAGUUAUUUCUAAACCGCAGGGAGUGAUGCCUUCACUUCCUGCUGGUGCUCAGAAUAUUUUGCCAUACAUUGAAUCCUUUUUCGUAACUUGUGAGAAGUUGCAUCCUGGUCAGUCAGGGUCAGGACACGAUUUUGGUAUCAAUGCAGUUUCUGAUGUUGAAGAGGCUGCUGCAUCUGUUUGUCAUCAAAGGACUCCCGGUCUUGUUAUGAAAGGUGAUGAGAAAAAUGUUGCUUUCAUAAGGUUCUCAGAGAAGCACAGGAAACUUCUUAAUGUUUUUAUCCGGCAAAACCCAGGGUUACUUGAGAAGACUUUUUCACUCAUGCUUAAAGUUCCUCGCUUCAUUGAUUUUGAUAACAAAAGGGCUCACUUUAGAUCCAAGAUCAAGCAUCAAUAUGAUCAUCAUCACAGCCCUCUGAGAAUAUCUGUGAGAAGAGCUUACAUUCUUGAAGAUUCAUAUAAUCAACUUCGCAUGAGGUCGGCACAGGAUUUGAAGGGAAGGUUGACUGUUCAUUUCCAAGGGGAGGAAGGAAUUGACGCUGGUGGACUUACCAGGGAAUGGUAUCAGUUACUAUCCAGGGUAAUUUUUGAUAAGGGAGCGCUAUUAUUCACAACAGUUGGGAAUGAAUCAACAUUUCAGCCAAAUCCCAACUCUGCAUACCAAACAGAGCACCUCUCAUACUUCAAAUUUGUUGGCCGAGUUGUUGGAAAGGCACUCCUUGAUGGACAACUUCUUGAUGUUCAUUUCACUCGGUCCUUCUACAAGCAUAUCCUUGGGGUUAAAGUGACUUAUCAUGACAUUGAAGCUAUCGACCCUGAUUACUUUAAAAAUUUGAAAUGGAUGCUUGAGAAUGAUAUAAGCGAUGUUUUAGACCUAACUUUCAGCAUUGAUGCUGAUGAGGAAAAGCUGAUACUCUACGAACGUACUGAAGUGACUGACUAUGAACUGAUACCCGGUGGUCGAAAUAUCCGAGUAACUGAGGAAAACAAACAUCAGUAUGUUGAUUUAGUUGCUGAGCAUCGGUUGACAACUGCAAUUCGUCCUCAGAUAAAUGCCUUUUUGGAAGGUUUCAAUGAAUUAAUUUCUCGAGAGUUGAUAUCUAUUUUCAAUGAUAAGGAACUGGAACUCCUUAUAAGUGGGCUUCCAGAUAUUGAUUUGGAUGAUCUGAGGGCAAAUACGGAGUACUCUGGGUAUACUGCCGCUGCUCCUGUCAUUCAGUGGUUCUGGGAGGUUGUUCAAGGAUUCAGCAAAGAAGAUAAGGCUCGUCUCUUACAAUUUGUCACUGGAACCUCAAAGGUGCCUUUAGAAGGAUUUAGUGCGCUUCAAGGCAUUUCAGGAUGUCAAAAAUUUCAGAUUCACAAGGCAUAUGUCAGUGGGGAUCACUUGCCUUCGGCUCAUACAUGUUUCAAUCAGUUAGAUCUUCCAGAAUAUCCUUCCAAACAACAUCUGGAGGAGAGGCUGCUUGUUGCUAUCCACGAAGGCAACGAAGGAUUUGGGUUUGGCUGAGAACCAGCCACCGUGCAGAUGAGAACUACUUUGUAUAGAUAAAAUCUUGUCAGGAAAGAAACAGUAUUUAUUUAUAAGAUGAUUCUUGAGGUGGUUUUAGUAUCUGAAUCUGAAUUGACAAAAGCGUUGAUAAACUAACUGUAUAGUCCAAUAUUUGCCGUUGCAAAAUUUUCCGACAGAUUCUCUUUUUGGUCUCCUC